AUCCGCCCUCCCUUCCGAGCUCCAGUCUGAUUCUGCUCUUUGCAUCUUAAUUAAACCCACUGCGACAGCCCUCGAUAGAACCGCAGCCUGUGUUUUGUCCAUAACUGUUCGUUUGUGCAUCGCAAAACCCCGAUAUACGUCGCCAUGCUUUUCAAGCAGCUUGCCCUGGCGGCUGCGGCCACGGCCUUCGCCAUCGUUCCCGAGAUAUCCGAAAAGGACGAAAACAUCUUCAAGUCCCUUCCCGUCGAGCCCGAGACCUUCCAGCUACCUGCCGAAGCGUUCGGACAGAGCCUCGACGUUCCCUGCAGACAGUGCCGUGGCAGAGACACGCAUCUGAAGCUCGACUUUGCCGUGGAGGAUGGAUCAAGAUUGAUGGUCAAUGGCUUUGAGCUGUAUCCCCACGCCGACCCGUGGCGUGGUGAUCUGACUGCCGAUGUCGUGCGAGCGAGCGGAAGCGCCACGGAGCGCACUCUGGGAUACAGCCUCUCGGUUCUGCCCAGGGCCAAGGACGAGGAGCAGCAGCUGGAACUGGUGGACGUCAAGCUGAGGGUCAUCGAGGUCGGCCACCGAUUUAUCGACGAUAUUCCCGUGGUCAAGGUUGGCCUGAUCAAGGCCGUCACUGGCGACAUUGUCAUUUCCGAUAUGCAGCUCAUGGCCGCGCCUGAGAUGCCCUGCACCACCAUGUGGUGCCGUGCCAAGUCAGCACUCAAAGGUUUCGGCGGCUGCCAUCGAAAGCCUCCUCAUGGCCCCGAGCACGAACACGCAGAGGCCGGCCGCCCUCCUCACCCUCCUCCUCCUCACCCUCACCCUCACCACCACCAUGACAAGCCUCACCAUCACGAGAGACCUCACCACCACGAGUUUGAGGACUGGAACUCGCAGCGCGACUGGCGCCGCCUUGUCAGGAAUGUCGCCUCACACAUUGUCCUGCCCGUCCUGAUGGGCAUCACUGCCGGUGUCGGUGUUGCAUUCCUCGCCAUGUUCCUCUGCAGCGUCGUCUACCGUAUCAGCAUGUUUGUCCGUGGUGGAUCUCAGCGCCGAUCAUGGUGCCCUCACCACCGACGCAACUCUUCCCACUUCCCCGCUGCUGAUGAGGAGAAGAGGGGCUUGAUGGAGGCUGAGGAGGCCCAAGACUCUACUCCAGCUCCCGCCUACCAGGCAGAACUUGCCGACAAAUGAAGAAGCAGAAAUUUUUUGCUUGAAAAUCUUUUUUUCCUAUGUUAAUUUCCUUGCGUUACUAUAUACCUGCUAUGACGUAGCUGAACGACGAAUAGGUGGGCAAAUAAACCACCAGCACUACCAUUGAAGACAAGAUGAAAAAGAUUCAAGCGUUUCUGUUUUCUUUUCUUUUUGUCCUGCUCAGUGAGAGAAAAGAUGUACAGAAUGAUUCUAUGGCCAAACAGAGAGAGAGCAAAUGGCCUUGCUGUACUACUACUACUAAAUUGAUUCAACAAGUCAGGGGAGUCGAAGGGCGUUAUGGGAAAUCAAAUAUGCAAAUGUGAAAUAGCAUACUUUUUGUUAUUAGUUGAAUGCUAC